GAAUUCCAUCUCAUGAGCCUCUCAGAGGAUCCAGACCUGCAGCCCCUGCUCUUUGGACUGUUCCUGUCCAUGUACCUGGUCACAGUGCUUGGGAACCUGCUCAUCAUCCUGGCUGUGAGCUCUGACCCCCACCUCCACAACCUCAUGUACUUCUUCCUCUCCAAUCUGUCCUUGGCUGACAUCUGCUUCAUCUCCACUACAAUCCCAAAGAUGCUGGUGAACAUUCGAACUCAUGGCGGAGCCAUCUCUUAUGUCGGCUGCCUGACACAGAUGUCUUUUUUCAUCCUUUUUGGAAAUAUGGAUAGUAUGCUACUUACUGUGAUGGCCUAUGACCAUUUUGUGGUCAUUUGUCACCCCCUGCAAUAUCCAGUAGUUAUGAACCCUCACCUUUGUGGCUUCUUGGUUUUGUUGACAUUUUUGUUUAUUCGUUUGGAAUCCCAGCUGCACAAUUUGAUUGUCUUACAAUUUACCUACUUCAAGGAUGUGGAAAUUGCGAAUUUCUUCUGUGACCCUUCUCAACUACUUGGUCUUGCCUGUUCUGGUACCUCUUCUAAUGAUAUAGUCAUGCACUUUGUCGGUGCUGUAUUUUGGGGCUUUCCCAUCUCUGGGAUUCUUUUAUCUUACUAUAAAAUUAUUUCCUCAGUUCUUAGCAACCCAUCCACUGGUGGAAAGCAUAUAGCCUUCUCCACAUGUGGGUCUCACGUGUCAGUUGUCUGUCUGUUUUCUGGAACAGGGCUUGGUGUGUACCUUGGCUCAACUGUAUCACAUUCUCCCAAGAAGAGUACAGGGGCCUCAGUGAUGUACACUGUGGUCACCCCCAUGCUGAACCCCUUCAUCUACAGCCUGAGGAACAGGGAGAUUAAAGGUGCCCUGAGGAGGCUACACAGCAGGAUGAUCUAACCCCAGGUCCUGUAGCAUACAUUUGCAAUGGAGGCUGGGAAAGUCAACAAAACUAAACAUGUUGAAUGUAAAUCACA